UUCGAUGUCGCGACAACUGAGGGACGGAAUCAAAUUUUCGGAUGAUGACGAUGAGGAUGGUGAUCAGUUUUAGCACGGGGUCCUAAACACUGUCAUUCAUCUGUCUUCAAUCCCUGCUAUAUAGACACCUUGACCUUGCAAUCAUGAAGGGAAGAAUAGCUGCUCUGUGGAUCGCCGUGGCUCCAUUCGUUCUACCUGUUGUCCUAGCUGGAGACGCAUCAUUUGGUCAAGCAUGCGAUCAAUCUCACACGCAUCUAGAUACAAACACAUGGAAUCUGGUCACGGACUGUGAUGCUACGACUUGGUGUGCCGACAAUUCGACCUGCGCCAACAAAGGUUGUAGAAAAGAUAUUUAUCCAUUCGGAUACAACAAUGUGCCUUUCGAUAAACUCCCACCACUAUGCCCGACAGGUCAAUUCUGUCCCGAUGAAGGCAGUUAUUGUCUCCCACAAGAAGCAGUUGGAGAUCCAUGUCAGAAGGACAGAGAUGACGAGUGUCAGCCUCCCCCAAACUACAAGCAGUUGGCCGGAUUCUUGAACGUGAACGGAUCCAUUUGUCUGAACUUUACAUGCUUCUACGCCAACGUGACCCUUGGCCAGAACUGUAAGAUCGACAACACUGUCUACACUGCAUAUACCGCCGCGGGCUCCGAAUACGCGUUCAUCGUCUCGCGGGACAACUGUGCAAACGGACUGUAUUGUGAUGGCACGGCGCUCAAAUGCUUCAGGGCAAAGUUGGAGGGUGCUGCGUGUGCUGGAAACAAAGAAUGCCUGACUUACAACUGUCAAAACAAUAAAUGCGAUCGAGCUGCGUAUGAGCCUAUACAUCCGCCAGCAUGGGUCUUCGUCGUCGUUGGUCUGGGCAUAGUCGCCUUGAUCGUCGUCACUAUGGUGUCUCUUUGGUUCACGCAUCGACGGACGCGACGCGAAAAUCAAGUCAAGCUGGAACAAUACUACAACGAGCAGAUAGCAUAUCGGCAGAGUAUCAUGACAAUGAGCAACGCCAAAAAGUCACUCAUGAGCUUGCCAGCAGACACCCCGGCCGACGUCGCUCGACGGAGUGUGUUUGGAGAUGACUACAGCAGCUUCAUGCCGCCGAAUAUGCGCCGAGAGGACUCUACCGCGGCUUGGUCAUCAGCUGCGAGUGAUGUCCAUCUUUUGGAACCCAACACUACACGACGCAGGAUAUAGUCUGUGGCGUUACUGCUGAAACCGGACUGCUUUGAGGUUCUGGUAUGGCCGAAUCGGACAAUGGCAGAGAUGAGAUACGAGACGACUUGGACAUUUUCAGCAACGAUUGUAUCCAUG